GUUUCUUCAGCUCACACCUGCUAUUACAAACUGGAAAUGGAGAGUCAAUGACAAGGUACCCGGGGCCGUUGGUGUGUCCGAUACACUGAAAGGAGAUUUAUCAACCACAUUACAGAAAGCUUUGCGUCAUGGCCAGGUAGCUGUUGGGAGCGAUGGGGUAUUUCAGGCCGCUCUUCCUCCUGCUCUGGAAGAACAUCACAUAUCGCAGGAGGAACAAGAUCCAGCUCAUCAUCGAGCUCCUCUGGCCGCUCUUCCUCUUCGUCAUCCUCAUCUCUGUUCGUCAUUCACACCCUCCGUACAAGCAGAGCCAAUGUCACUUUCCAAACAAAGCCUUGCCAUCAGCAGGCACCUUGCCCUGGAUUCAGGGCAUUAUCUGCAACAUCAACAACCCCUGCUUCCACAGUUCGACACCAGGGGAGACACGGGGCCAAGUUGGCAACUUUGACAACUCCAUACUGUCUCGUCUCUUCGUGGACGCCCAGACUGUUCUGUCCUAUAGUGGAAACCGGAGCUUCUCUGGCUUUCAGGACCUGAUGGACAGUGUCCAAAGGCUGGGAGAGAGACUAAAUCUCCCGGUUGAAGAAUACCUAAGAGCCAAUGAGACGUUCUCCACCUUCCUCCUGACUAAUAGCAGCCUUUCGCCUGUGACUGUGGAUCAGUUGCUGAAGGCUCGUCUCAAUUUACAGGUUUCUGUGGCUGGAGCUCAGAUGCAGCUGAAGGACCUGGUGUGUAAUGCAAGCAUGCUGGGGCAGUUUCUGAAGGUGGACGGAGGAGAAGCAGCCAUGAAUGAUCUUCAAACUCAGCUGUGUAACCAGCCGGCUGACAUCCUGCAGGAGGCCGAACGCCUUUUCCUCUCUCAGCUUGACUUUACCAAAUUAUUCACGAGAGAACGUCUGAUGGCUAACGCUGGAGACCUCAGGGUCAUCAGUCAGGCUGUCACCACAGUUUCCCAGGAGCUGGCUGUCCUCAUUGAUGAUUUCUCGUCUCUCUCCAGCUUUGCGGAGAUGAGCGCAGCUCUUCGUCUUCUGUCUCCCGAGAAUCGCUCGGCGCUGCCCAGAGAGAGUUUUCGCGCUUUUUCACGGAUCAUGUGCGGUCACCCUGAGGUUGGUGGUGAGCGCAUCCCAUCGCUCAACUGGUAUGAAGACAAUGACAUCAAGUCCUUCUUAGGAAAAAAUGGCACUGAAGACACAAACCUGGAACGUGACAACAUCACUACUCCAUUUUGUAAGAGUUUGAUCCAAGGUCUGGAGUCCAAUCCUCUGUCUCGCAUUGUGUGGCGAGGAAUAAAACCUCUGUUUAUUGGAAAACUGCUGUACACACCAGACACUCCUGCAGUGCAACAAGUGAUGAAGGAGGUGAACAAGACGUUCGAGGACCUGCUGAUCCUCCAGGAGCUGAAUGAAGCCUGGAUGGAAGUGGGACCACAAAUCAAGAAUUACAUGGAGAGCAGUGUGGAGAUUCAGCUGCUGCAGGAUUUGUUGAGGCGGCCAGAGGUCGCAGUACUGGUCAACUUGCGUCUGGAGAACACGUCCUGGACGGCCUCACGGAUUGCUCGCUUUCUGUCCACACCCUCCCCAGGCGUCCCAAGGAAGCCGGGAGCGCCACCUACUUGGUUGGACGUCUACAACGACCUCGACCACACCAUCACCAUUCUUGCACAAGUCACUGAGUGUUUUUCUCUGAACAAGUUGGAGGGAUUGGAGACAGAGGGUGAGAUGAUUGAUAGGGCUUUGGAGCUACUAGAGGACAGGCAGUUUUGGGCGGGCGUGGUUUUCUUGCUGCCCAACUCCUCCACCCUCGACCUGCCGCCCCAUGUCAUUUACAAAAUCCGAAUGGACAUUGAUGAUGUCACCCGGACCAACAAGAUUAAGGACAGGUUUUGGGAUCCUGGUCCAGCAGCCGACCCAUUUAAUGACAUGCGCUACAUUUGGGGAGGCUUCGUGUACAUCCAGGACCUAGUGGAGAGAGCUGUGAGCCGCAUCCUGACCGGAGUUCAACAAACAACCGGCAUCUACAUCCAGCAGAUGCCCUACCCCUGCUAUGUGGAUGAUGUUUUCCUUCGAGUGCUGAACCGCUCUCUGCCACUCUUCAUGACACUGGCGUGGAUCUACUCGGUGGCCAUGAUCAUCAAAGGCGUGGUAUACGAGAAGGAGGCGAGGUUGAAAGAAACCAUGAGGAUUAUGGGUCUGGGAACAGAAACAUUGUGGUUCAGCUGGUUCAUCAGCAGCAUCGUUCCUUUCCUGGUUUCUGCAGCGCUCCUUAUUGCUCUGCUAAAGUGGGGGGACAUUCUGCCGUACAGCAACCCGUCUGUUGUAUUUUUCUUCCUGACGGCGUUUGCCACCGCCACCAUCAUGCAGUGCUUCCUCAUCAGCACCUUCUUCUCCAAAGCAAACCUUGCUGCUGCAUGUGGGGGGCUUAUAUACUUUGGCCUUUACCUGCCCUACGUACUGUGUGUGGCCUGGAGAGACCGCCUCAACACCACCCACCGAGUGCUCGCUAGUUUCCUGUCCCCUGUGGCCUUUGGCUUCGGCUGUGAGUAUUUCUCUCAGUAUGAAGAGCAAGGAGUGGGCAUCCAGUGGUACAAUCUCCGUUCCAGCCCUGUGGAAGGAGAUUCAUACAGUUUCACUACCUCUAUAGGCAUGCUUUAUGCGGAUGCCUUCAUCUACGCCAUCUUAGCCUGGUACAUCGAAGCAGUCUUUCCUGGUGAAUAUGGGAUCCCCAGGCCCUGGUACUUCAUCUUCCAGAUCAACUACUGGGGUGGAAUUCCCCUGGAGGCAGGCAUGCCUAUCCCCCCCGCACCUACUGAACAGGAUGAAGAUCACAUUGAACCAGAACCCUCUAACCUGACCCUGGGUGUGAGCAUCAGAGACCUGGUGAAAAUCUACAAGAAGGGAGCCAAACUGGCCGUCAAUCACCUCAACCUGAAGUUCUAUGAAGGGCAGAUCACCUCUUUCCUUGGCCACAACGGAGCCGGAAAAACUACCACCAUAUCUGUCCUUACUGGCCUGUUCCCACCCACCUCGGGCACUGUGUACAUCAAUGGAUUGGACAUCCGCCAUGACAUGAAUAUCAUCCGGAGAACGCUGGGAGUUUGUCCACAACACAAUGUCCUGUUCGAUAUAUUAACAGUGGAGGAGCAUGUGUGGUUUUAUGGGUGCCUGAAGGGUUUGUCUGAAGCAGAGGUGAAAGCUGAGUUGGACACUCUGUUGGACGACGUCGGCCUGCUGCACAAAAGACAUGAACAGACUAAAAACCUCUCAGGUGGCAUGCAGAGGAAGCUGUCUGUGGCCAUAGCGUUUGUUGGAGGCUCUAAGGUGGUUGUUCUGGAUGAACCUACAGCUGGGGUUGAUCCUUACUCCCGCAGAGGGAUCUGGGAUCUGCUGCUCAAAUAUCGCAAAGACCGGACGAUCAUCCUGUCCACCCACUACAUGGACGAGGCGGAGCUGCUAGCUGACCGGAUUGCCAUCAUCUCUCAGGGAAAGCUGUGCUGCUGUGGCUCACCGCUCUUCCUGAAAUCCCACCUUGGAUCUGGCUACUACCUCACUGUGGUGAAGCGGGACGGACUGGACACCAAUACUCCCAGCAGCACGAGUAUCUGCACCAGUACCAGCAUCAGCACCAACAAGCUACCUCCUUUCAAGGACAGCGAGUCAUCCAUGAGUGAAGACACCGGGCUGGGAAGUGAGGCGAGCAGCUCAUACCUGGCGGCGUUGCUCUCUCUGGCACAGCACCACAUCCCAGGUGCAAGGCUGGUGGAGGAGUCACGGCGCGAAGCGGUGGUCAACCUGCCACAGAUGGCUGCUAAGGACAGCAGCCUGGGCGUCUUCCUGUCUGAGCUGGAUCAGAGGCUGACUGAGCUAGGCAUCAGCAGCUACGGCCUAUCAGACAGCACACUGGAGGAGAUUUUUUUACAAGUGGCAGAGGAAACCAACGUAGAUGCUGAACCAGAGCAGCAGGCUGAAUCUCCCCACAGGCGCCAGCCAUCAGCUGAGAGACAACACGCUGAAGAACCAGAGACAGAACCUCAGGAGACAGACCCGCUGAGCGGAGAUGGCCGAGGUGGGAUCCCCCUGACCGGCUGGUGGCUGACCUGGCAGCAGCUGAGGGCCCUCUUCACCAAACGCUGGCUUUAUGCUCGAAGGAGCCGCAGGGGCUUCUUCGCUCAGAUUGUCCUGCCUGCUGUGUUCGUGCUUGUCGCUUUGCUCUUCAGCCUCAUCGUGCCUCCAUUUGGGAAGUAUCCCGCCCUGCAGCUUCAGCCCUGGAUGUACGGAGAACAGUACACCUUCUUCAGCAACGACGCACCUGGGAACCCGGCCAUGGAGAACCUGCUGGAAGCUCUGUUGGACCUGCCAGGGUUUGGUACCAAGUGCAUGGACAAAGAGGAAGAAGACAACAGAACGAGUCCUCAGUGUGAAGGCGCUCGGGGUGGCCUUUUCAUGCGGCCACAGGUCUCCUACUCCACCUGGCAAAUGUUCAGCAGAGGCAACUGGAGCCGAGAUGGACCGUCUCCUGACUGUCGGUGUAGCACAGAGGACGUCCGCCGGAUGCUCCCCGACUGCCCGCAGGGUGCUGGUGGACUGCCGCCUCCACAGAUCAAGAGGCCAACUGGAGACGUCCUCCAAAAUCUGACAAGUUAUAACAUCACUGAUUACCUGGUAAAAACCUACUCUCAGAUCCUCAAAAAAAGCCUAAAAACCAAGAAGUGGGUGAAUGAAUUCAGAUACGGAGGCUUCUCCCUUGGAGGCCGUGCCACCCAGACUUUAUCUCAGGUCCACCAUGUCCAAGACUCGGUUGUGGCAAUCAGGACUCGUUAUCGAGUUCCACAGAACAGUUCACUGGAUCAUCUGUUAAACAGACUGCCAGAAUUUCUAAGAGGACUGAGCAGUCAAAACAAUGUCAAGGUGUGGUACAAUAACAAAGGAUGGCAUGCCAUGGUGUCAUUUGUCAACGUGAUGAACAACGGCCUGCUGAGAGCGAGUCUGCCACCAGGUCCAGAGAGGAGAAAACACGGCAUCACUGCCUACAACCAUCCGCUCAACCUCACCAAGGAACAACUCACUGAAAUGGCCAUGAUGACCACAUCCGUCGAUGUUCUUGUCUCCAUCUGUGUGAUCUUUGCCAUGUCCUUUGUGCCGGCCAGUUUCGUCCUUUUUCUGAUUGAGGAGCGAGUCAGCAAAGCCAAACACCUUCAGUUUGUCAGUGGGGUCAAACCGAUCCUCUACUGGCUGGCCAACUUCACCUGGGACAUGUUGAACUACAUCGUCCCAGCCGCCAUGGUGGUACUGAUCUUCAUCUGUUUCCAGCAGCAGUCAUACGUUUCAGAAACCAACCUGCCUGCUCUCGUUCUGCUGCUCCUGCUGUAUGGGUGGUCCAUCACCCCUCUGAUGUACCCAGCAUCCUUUGUGUUCAGCGUCCCCAGCACAGCCUAUGUAGUUCUGACCUCCAUCAACCUCUUCAUCGGAAUCAACGGCAGCAUUGCCACUUUCGUCCUGGAGCUGUUUGUUGACGAGCAUCUGAACGAGGUGAACAGGAUCCUGAAGAAGGUGUUUCUCAUCUUCCCUCACUUCUGCCUGGGACGAGGACUCAUCGACAUGGCCAAAAACCAGGCCAUGGUGGACGCCUUCCAGAGACUGGGUACAAAGCAGACUCUAGACCCUCUUCAGUGGGACUUUGUAGGGAAGAACCUGUUUGCGAUGGCAGCUGAAGGUGUUAUUUUCUUUAUCUUCACCAUACUACUGCAGUAUAAGUUCUUCAUUCGCUUCAGGCCGUGGUGGGUCAAGCCUGAGAUGCCUCCUCUCGGUCCAGAGGAUGAGGACAUAGCCAGGGAGAGAGAGAGAGUCAUAAGUGGCAAAGCCCAGUCAGACAUCCUCACCAUGAUAGACCUGAGCAAGAUUUAUAAAGUGGGCAGGAAGCCGGCGGUGGAUCGUCUCUGCCUCGGGAUUCCCCGUGGCGAAUGUUUUGGCUUACUGGGGGUGAACGGAGCAGGAAAGACCUCUACCUUUCGCAUGCUGACCGGAGACACGUCCAUCACCUAUGGGGAGGCUUUCCUUAAUCACCACAGUGUGCGGACAGAGAUGGAACGAGUCCACCAGCUGAUGGGUUACUGUCCACAGUUUGACGCCAUCAGCGAUUUGCUGACUGGUCGGGAACAUCUGGAGCUGUACGCCCGCCUGCGGGGAGUACCAGAGGAGUCUGUCUCCAAGGUGGCGCAAUGGGGGGUGAAGAAGCUGGGACUGACCCAGUACGCCGAGCGGGAGGCUGGAGGCUACAGCGGAGGUAACAAGAGAAAACUCUCGACUGCCAUCUCCCUCAUCGGGGCUCCGCCUGUUAUAUUUCUGGAUGAGCCGACCACUGGCAUGGACCCAAAAGCCAAAAGAUUUUUGUGGAACUGCAUCCUCAGUGUCACGAAAGAGGGAAGAGCUGUAGUUCUCACGUCCCACAGUAUGGAGGAAUGUGAAGCUCUCUGCACCAGAAUGGCCAUCAUGGUCAACGGCAGAUUCCAGUGUCUCGGAUCUGUACAACACCUGAAGAACAGGUUUGGUGAUGGCUACACCAUCAUCCUCCGUCUGGUGGACACUAAAUCCAAUCCGGACUCGUGCCCCAUCAGUGCCUAUAUGAAGAGCUCCUUCCCCAGCAUCGAGCUGAAGGAGCGUCACCAGAGCGUGCUGCAGUUCCAGCUGCCCUCGCACGCCUGCUGCCUCGCUCGUGUCUUCGAUGUGCUGGCCAACAACUAUGAGGAGCUGGGCAUCAUCGACUUCUCUGUUUCACAGACCACCCUGGACCAGGUGUUUGUCAACUUUGCCAAGGAGCAAACUGAUGACGAUGAUCUCACAGAUGUGGUCAUUGGCAACAUGACAGUACCGACCAACCUGAAGGCACUGGCCAGCAGGAUUAACCCUCCUACCAUCCAACCACAACCACCAGUCACGCCCCCUCAACCAAGCAAGACUCCAAAGCACCAUGCGAAAUCAUCUGACGGCAAACCGAAAGAGGGUAAACCAAAAAAGGCAAAAGUUGGCAAGGUCAAAUCUAAAGAAGGCAAGGCUAAUGGAGAAAAAAGCAGCAGCACGGCAAUGACCCAAAUACCUCAGCCAGAGGAGACGCAUCAAGCGAGCCGGAGGGUAAGCAGUGGAUCAAACAGCAGUAAUGGUGGUGUUCGGGGAGAAUCCAGUAAAUCCAGUGGGUCCAAACACAGAGCAGAGAGUUCCAGUAAAAGUCCAUCUGCACUAUUUAUGGUCGACAGCAACACACAGGACAGCGCACUGUGACGUGGACUGACGCAACAAGAGCAGAGGAGGCAGGCUGAAAGGACCAACAAUGCUUUUUAUUAUUCACUGUAAGUUUAUUUGAAUGUUGCUCAAUGUUGGCAACGACCUCAGUAUGACAGUGUAAAAGAUGGACAUUGAAAAUGUUACUGAAACAGAGUCAUUAGAUGUAAAUUUGUCUAAAGAAAGAACCAAAAGUUACUGCUUCCUAUUAUGGCUUUGGUGCCUUGUUCACCGUUAUAACAUAUCUGAAGCUUUAUACCCUUUAUUUGGGUUCAUAAAUCUUACACUGUGUCUUCUCUUUCUGUAUUGAUCUAAUCACUCCAAACGUAUGGUUUAUUAAUCCUGAAAGAAUAUUAUGCAAAGCUCAAUGUAAAAUCAAGCAGUGGUGUUCCUCAGGGCUAAAUCCUUAGAUCCCUCCCAAUCUCAUCUUCAUUUUGCAGAAAGCACUUUAAAAAAGAAAAUGCUGCAAACUCUCAAACAGUAGCUGAAGUACAUGUGUUACAUGUAAUUAAGAUGCUUUUAUAUGUCAGAAAGCAUUUAAGGGUUGUUACAGAACAUUAUACAGCUUCCUCUUAUGUGGAGAAUAAGAUGUUACAUACCUCUUAAAUAUUUAAUGAUGAACUUUACAAGUGUAUCUGUUUGUAUUCUCUUUUAUCUGUCAAAACUUUUUUAUUUUGUGUGAUUUGUCUUCAUCACUGUACAAAGGUAUUACAUAUAAUGAGGAAAAAAACAAUAUUUACUUCUGCCUGGUAUUUACUGUCAUUUUGGUUAUUUAAUAAUUAAACAAUGUUUUGUUUUUCAUCUUAUAGAGGAAUCCGACAUCCAGGCUUCCUACACAGCUUUGAAAGGUCCGGAAAAUGUAUUUAUUUAUCGUAUAUCAAUAUAAAGCUAUAGAAAAGGUCCACACACCUCUACACUGUUUCAGCUGCUGUUUUGUUACAAAAUCUUCUGCAUAAUGCCAAACACAUCACACUCAAACAAAUUAUAAUAGAUCAAAGAUCAAAUAAUCGAAGAAUGAAUAAAGUCAGUUUGAGCUGUAAACACUAGACACAA